ACAAAAACACAGAAAACAACAAACCGAAGACGCAUAAAGCGCAUUGGAAAAUCGCAGCGCAAUACAAUCCGAAGGAAAACUCACAGAUCGAGAAAGGUAAAGUGGAUAUAUUUUCUGCCUAUUCCUGCUUAAAAGCCUAUUGAUUUUACCAAAGGACAAAAAUCAUAGCAUUAAAUUUUGCAAAAUCUUUUAUUCUGCUCUGAAGACUCAUUUUUUGAAAAGGAAAAAUGUCUGUUGAACAGAAACGAGCAUACAACAAAUUAAAGCAUGAUUUGGAGCCAUGGCGUAAUCUCAUUGUACAUUUAGAUACGGUAUUGUCUUGGGAAAAAAAUUAUUAUCCAGCAAUCAUUGCUGCAACCAUUAGCGCUUUUUAUUUGUUGCUCUGGGCAUUGGAUAUGUCUACUGUGACAACACUGGCGCUUGUGGGUUUGUUUUCGCUGGCACUAGAUUACGUGUAUCCAUCGGUUUCGCGUUUUCUCUUCAGCCCAGAUAAUUGGAAUGGCAAUCAGGAAGAGCAAUUUGAGCGCGUAUGCACACAAUUGUGUUAUUUAAAAACUUUGCUUAGUGGAUGGUAUGAAUAUCUAUUCUCAGCAAAGGAACGUAAAUCAACUUUGUUUGUCACUAUCAUGAGUGUUACACUGUUGACACUUGCUUGGAUUGGUACCGUAAUAAAUAAUUUACUACUGAUGUACGUGAUCACUAUGGUAAUGUGCUUAUACCCAGGCAUGCAACAGAAAAAUCUGCUCUACAAGGUCAAAGACUAUUUUGGACUUGCUUUCAACUCUAAAUUGCAAAAAUUGCGUGAAAGAAAUGAGAAAAGUGACUAAAGAGCGAAUUAGAAAUCUGAAGUAAUAGUGAAUGCGUAUGAAAUUUUAAAAGAGUUAAAAACGCAGCUUAGAUUUUUAAUUUGAAAACCAACUGCAUUUUUUAAUUAAUUUAUUUUAGCUAUAAAUUUGUAGUCUACUCAUUUUUAUUAUAUCAUUUAUGAAAAUCUUUAUAAAAAUUAACGGAUAAUGCGUUUAAUAUUAAUACAUUUAACAUUUGGCAUUUUGAAAGCUAAACAAAAACUAAAAAACAAAAUGAAUUACUAAGUUAGAGAUAUAUAAAAAACAAGUCGUAAGCGUAUAUUCGCAAAUUUAUUAAAUUAUACAAUAUUACAAUGUUCUCCUUGAAUGUUGCACCACCACAAGAAAGUUUUUUGGAUAUAAUCUUCAAAGCAACAAUCCGAAAAACAUCAACAUAUGAAUCACCAAAAAUUGUAAUUAAUGUCUUAGAUAUAAAUUAAGCUAAACGAUACUCUUAAACAACCACUGCUACAUCUUUACAAAAUUCUACAUAAUCAGUUCAUUAAUUCCUCAAAAAUAAUGCCAUUAAACAUAGUGCCAUUAAGUAA